AUGUCGUCUCCGGAAGAACAAAGCACCGCCAAUUCACGACGUAUACGAAGCCGUAUUGCACAACAAGCGUAUCGGAAACGGCAUAACGAGAAAUUCCAUUCUUCUCAAAGGCGAGCACAAGACUUACAAAUCGCUGCCCAGCGCGCCUGCACAGUGUUUACGGACUUGACCGGUGCUCUCAUCCAAUCUGGGAUAAUGCAACAAGACACAGCCCUUACCACCGAAGUCUUGAACGCGAUAAAGAAAUUCCACCAUGUAGCGAAAGUUGUCAACGAAGAUGGUCAACAUUUUGGAUCGGGUGAUGUGGAUCAGCUGCUGGGACACGAUAUAGGCAUUCCAAACGAGACAAUGGCAAUUCGAUAUGAUGAUCGGAUUCAUCCAACUAUGAUGAGCGAAGUGCAACUCGACAUAGAAAAGGGCAAAAAUAUUUUCCACUUUGGUGGCGAGGCGGCCUCCACUCAAGAUCAACUCGACCAAAAUGCUUAUUCAUAG